GUGUCAUCAUUAUCCAGGAGGCUAAACCUCUUUCCCAAUCUGUUGCCCUGCCCUGAGAGCGCAGUGGUGAGGCGACUAAUCCCGCUCCGUUCCACACUCUCAAGGACACUGUUACUGUUCCAAACUGAAGCCAACCAUCAGGAGAGAUUCCAUUCGUAGCCAUGGGGGAUCUUGAUCCACAAAAUGUCGAAGAGGAAACUGAUUUUGAAGGAUCAGCCACAAACACAGGUCCAAAAGGGGUUAUCCAUGACUGGAGAAAAUUCAAAUUAAUAAGUGAAGACCAGGAAUCAAUCCCUCCAAAUAAAAAAGAAAUCCUACGGCAAAUGUCGUCUCCAUACAAACCUCCCAUCAAAGAUGAAAAAGACACAAAGGAAAAAUUAAGUCGUAAGAUGAGCAUGCAAGAAUAUGAAUUAAUUAACGACAAGGAGGAUGAACACUGCCUAAAAAAAUACCGCAAGCAAUGUAUGCACGACAUGCAUCAGAGGUUGAGUUUUGGCCCCAAAUAUGGUUAUUUGGUGGAGCUUAAGAGCGGGGAUGAGUUUUUAGAGGCCAUAGAGAAGGAGAGUAAGACUACUACAGUCAUAGUUCACAUUUUUGCUGAUGACAUUAAAGGCUGUGAGGCCCUUAACAAUUGUUUAACAUGUCUUGCUUUAGAGUACCCAACAGUCAAGUUCUGUAAAAUCAAAGCUGCUGAUACAGGGGCCGGAGAAAGGUUCUCCAGUGAGGUCCUGCCCACCUUGUUAGUUUACAAGGCAGGUGAACUCAUAAGCAACUUCAUCAGCGUCACAGAGAAUUUAAAUGAUGAGUUUUUUGCAGUGGAUGUAGAAUCGUUUCUCAAUGAGUACGGCCUUCUGCCUGAAAGAGAUGCACAGGGCACAGUAGUUGAUAACGGGGAAGGAGAUAUCGAAUAGCUCAAACAGCGACCGCCGCUCAGGAACUUCAACUGUGUUAGACAGUCACUGAAAAGUUUCCAAUCCAAUUUUAAAGUUAAAUGUUAAAACCAUAGAGAAGAUGUCUGAAGUGGCAGUUUAAUGGUUAUGUUAACCGAAGUCAACCUGUUUCCUGUUAGUAAUAGAUGGUCAGAUAAUGGUUUUCUAAGGGGCAGAUCUAUCAAAAUUCGAAUUUGAGUUUUUAACACAAUUCAAACUGAUUCUCCAAAACUUGAACAAAUUCACCAUCUAAAAGCUGGACAGUUCAUGUAGAAGUCUGUACAGGUAUGGGACCUGUUAUCCAGAAU